AUGGCCUUUGUCUUGGCUGUGCCGCAAUUAAACUGUGACAUCGCGCUAGACCCUGGACACGUCCAGAAAGUCUGCAGAACAUCUGCUUCAAGUAAGAGACGGUAUUUUGCUGCAGAGUUGAAUCACUUCACCCCCACUCCAUGUCAGACUCCAACACAACUGCCUUCACCAACCCCUCCACCUUCAUCCUGCUGGGCAUUGAUCUCCAUCCCAUUCUGCAUCAUGUAUGCCAUGUCCAUCUUGGGGAACUUCACCAUCUUAUUUAUUGUGAAGAAGGAGCCCAGUCUCCAUGAGCCCAUGUACUAUUUCCUCUGCAUGCUGGCCGUCACCGACCUGGUGCUGUCCACAUCUGCCCUCCCCAAAAUGUUGAGCAUCUUCUGGUUCAAUUCCAGGGAGAUCGAUUUCAGUGCCUGCCUCACUCAGAUGUUCUUAAUUCACUGCUUCACUGAGAUCGCAUCGGGGAUCUUUUCGGCUAUGGCGUUUGAUCGCUACGUGGCCAUCUGCCACCCCCUGAGACAUUCCACCAUCCUGACAAACUCCCUGGUGAUGAAGAUUGGGCUGGUCAUCGUGUUGCGUGGCAGCAUUCUCAUCCUCCCCUGUCCCAUCCUGGCGAGGCAGUGGCAAUAUUGCAGAACCAACAUCAUCCCCUACACUCAGUGUGAGAACUUUGAUGUGGUCAGGUUGGCCUGUGGCGAUACCCGCAUCAGUAGUUACUACGGCCUCUUUGUGCUGUCCUGUAGGAUUGGUCUGGAUGUGUCUUUUAUCAUCCUGUCCUAUAUCCAGAUACUUAGGGCCAUCUUCAGCCUUCCCACAAAGGAUGCCCGGCUCAAGACUUUUGGGACUUGUGGCUCCCACAUCGGUGUCAUAUUAGCCUUUUACAUCCCAACUGUAUUUGACUCCCUAGUAUCCCGUUUUGGCCAAAAUUUGCCCCGUUAUUUCCAUGUUUUCAUUGCUGAUAUAUACGUCCUGGUUCCUCCCAUGCUGAACCCCAUCAUCUACGGGGUGAGGACCAAACAGAUCCAGGACAGGCUUCUCCGGCUCUUUACUCAUAAAAGGACUUAA